GCUCUGGUUUUUACCUUCUCUAACUGUCCCUCCCCAGCCAGUGCAGUGAAGCUGAACAAGCAGCAGACAGACAUUGCAGUGAACUGGGCAGGAGGCCUCCACCACGCCAAGAAGUCGGAGGCUUCUGGCUUCUGUUACGUCAACGACAUCGUCUUGGCCAUCCUGGAGCUCCUGAAGUAUCACCAGAGGGUGCUGUACAUCGACAUCGACAUCCACCACGGGGAUGGUGUGGAGGAGGCCUUUUACACCACGGACCGUGUCAUGACCGUGUCCUUCCAUAAGUACGGGGAAUACUUCCCAGGAACAGGGGACCUGCGGGACAUUGGUGCAGGCAAAGGCAAGUACUACGCUGUGAACUAUCCCCUCCGGGACGGCAUCGACGACGAGUCCUAUGAAGCCAUAUUCAAGCCUGUGAUCUCCAAAGUCAUGGAGACAUUCCAGCCGAGUGCUGUUGUCCUGCAGUGUGGAUCAGAUUCCCUCUCCGGGGACAGGCUGGGCUGCUUCAACCUCACCAUCAAAGGUCAUGCCAAGUGUGUGGAGUUUGUGAAAAGUUUUAACUUGCCCAUGCUGAUGCUGGGAGGGGGCGGCUACACCAUCAGGAACGUGGCCAGGUGCUGGACCUAUGAGACUGCUGUGGCUUUGGACACCGAAAUUCCCAAUGAGCUUCCCUAUAAUGACUAUUUUGAGUACUUCGGGCCGGACUUCAAGCUCCACAUCAGCCCCUCGAACAUGACCAACCAGAACACCAACGAGUACCUCGAGAAGAUCAAGCAGCGUCUCUUCGAGAACCUGCGGAUGCUGCCGCACGCCCCCGGGGUGCAGAUGCAGCCCAUUCCCGAGGAUGCUGUGCAGGAGGACAGCGGAGAUGAAGAGGAGGAUGACCCUGAGAAACGCAUUUCAAUCCGCAAUUCCAACAAGAGAAUAUCCUGUGAUGAGGAAUUCUCUGACUCGGAGGACGAAGGGGAAGGAGGGCGCAAAAACGUCGCCAACUUUAAGAAAGCCAAGCGUGUGAAGGCAGAGGAGGAAAAGGAGGAAGAGGAGAAAAAAGAUGAGAAGGAAGAGGAAAAAGCGAAAGAGGAGAAAGCAGAACCCAAAGGGGCGAAGGAAGAGCCAAAAUCCACCUGAGCUGGCCGGGCCUGUCCGUGCGUAGUUUGUCGUAGGUUUUUAGCUCCCGGGUUGCCUCCUAUUCCACAGGAUUUAUAUUUUAUAUAUGUUUCUGUAUAUAUUUCUAUAUAAUUGUAUAAAUGACUUGAGGACUGUAAAUUAUUCCUUGCUGCAACUCCUCGCUGGGAGCAGAGGGGAGGAUUCUGCGGAGCAGCCAGACCUGCACUGCCCAGAUUUGGUGACUGGGAAGUUUUCACUCUUGCCUUCCACUGCCUCCUUUAGUGUGUCUGUAAACAAAAAACCAACAAAAAAAAAAUCACUUCCUUUACUCUCUCCUCUGAAAUAACCUUGGAAAAGAAUAAUUUAAGUAGAAGUAGUAUCUGCAUUUUCAGGUUAGGUGGAAAGAUGGCCAUGAAUUCUUUUUGUUUGUUUUUUUUUCUUCUUCUUUUUUUUUUUUGGUGGUGUUUUUAUGGGAGAAUCCGAGUUCCCAAAUGAAGCCUGUGAGAGACUAUUCCUUUGGUCUUCAGUUUGAUUCCACUGUGGCAAGUUAACUGCAAGCUGGUGCCACUUCUCAGGGUCAAAUAGUGCAGUUCUUGAAUAGAGUUGGUUCCUCCCUGCAGCAAACUUGUGGAAAGAGAUGAAGCAGCUUAAAAACAACCUGAAAAGUGAUUUUUUUUUUUAUUUCUGUGUUGUUUUUUUUUUUUAAGUGAAUCAGCCCCAGAGCCCAGAUCUGGAAAAUGCAGAAUGAAAACCACCCGUGUGUGGUAGCUCAGUUUUCCAAGAUCUGGCAGAUCCAGGGAGUGUGGCAGCAUUUAUGCACCUCGAGGAAGGGAAGGGAUGGAGCUUUUAUACCUGUUUUUUUUCUAUACCUGUGCCCCUCUUUGUGGGGGAUAAAGUGAGUUACUGCCCCUUUGGCUUUGUUUUUCCUGCUUUUCUGCCCUUGGCUCCCAGCACUGAUCCGUGUCCUGGGCUGAAACCACUGCAGAAAUCCCCAAAUCCCUCUCAAGCCUGGCUGAGAACUUCAGUUGAUGUGUUGUCAUUGACUGAAAUACUGUUUUUUUCUUUUUUUUUUUUUGACCUGAAGUUACAAACUUUUUUCAAAUUGAAUUUUCCUCCCAAGGCCAGUAAAUACGAAGAACCUUUUUUUUUUUUUUUAUCCGUUGCCUUCCUGAG